AUGGAGCCGCUUGCGAAGGGGAAGAAUGCGUGCUGUGACGUUCAUGCUGAUACCAAUGCUUGCGACGUUGCCAUGUCUGUCGGGAUUGAAUGGCAUAGCAACUUGGCUAGUAAAGAGUACGAGUUUCAAGUUGCUGCCUGCACGAUAUUCCGCGAUGAGGAUCGUUUUCUCUCAGAAUGGCCCAGCGACUUCUGCUUCCAAGAGAUCUUGCAGCCGUACGUUGCCAGCGGCCUUGUUACAGUGGCUCAAGCAGUCAACGUGAGGGAUCCUCAAAUUCCGACGUACAAUCUCUGCGUAGAGCGAUACUCUAGGAGAGCAAGGUGGUUGGCCUUCAUAGACGUCGACGAGUUCCUCUUCCCUUCCAACUCCUCUCAGACUCUCCCUGAGGUGCUCGAGAGGUUUGUAGACUAUGGCGGCGUCGUGGUGCCAUGGACGCUGUUCGGCUCGUCAGGACACAUCCGUCCGCCACAGGGGCUUGUGAUUGAGAGCUACACGCAGCGGAGAGCGAAGGCUGAGUGCAACGGAGACACAUGCGCGUUCAAGGUGAUCGCUCAAGGAGAGAGGAUCUCAGCGUGCGCCGUUCACAACCAUUACUACAAGGAUGGAUACUUUGCGGUGAACGAGCAAGGAGUGCGCAUGCAUGACGACUCUUCUCUCCUGCCGACAGAGAGCGAGGAUGGAGACUUCACCAGCAACCUGUUGCGGUUGCACCAUUACAAGACGAAAUCCCUGGCGGAUGCCAUGUGGAAGCACUUGAACAAGGACGGAGUCAACGCCCAGCACAGCGAGAGCUUGAACCCGAAGACGAGGAGUGGGAUAGAGCGAUGGUUCCAGAGCUCGGACUACAACGAGGUGCACGACGAGUCCGCUCUAGCUUGGCUGCCUUGUGUGCGGCGAACCAUGAGCCGUAUGAGGAUGCAGAUGUCGACAGAAGGGCAGAAGUGCGAGCACAAGGUGAGAGCAGAGGAUGCGCUAGAGACAGCUGAGAAGAAAGAGCCGGCGGGAAGCAGCAGCCCCGAGGUCUCGUCGGAAGCUGGCGGGUCGUUCACCCUUGUGUCCGCCUACUACCCGGUGCCAUCGAAACGAGCAGCGGAGGUCUACGAGCAGUGGAUGAUGAACUUCUUCGAGUACGUCGAGAGCCCCAUCGUGGUAUUCACGAACGCGAUGGGAUGGAGACUGCUGGAGAAGCUGAGGCUACAGAGAGAGAACGUCAAGGUGCUUAUGUUAGAGAUGCAAGAUUUCUUCGUGUACAAGUGGAAGGAUGACUUCGUCCAACACUAUGAGAUGGACGACGAGAAGUAUCACUCACCUGAGCUGUAUAUGGUUUGGAACGAGAAGACGUCUUUCCUUCUGCGCGUCAUCGAGAUGAACCCCUUCAAGUCUUCUCGCCUCGUUUCUGUGCUACCCGUGACGGCAGCGGCAGCUCCGACACCUUUCUCUGGAAGGUGGCCGAGCGGCCGAGGGCUGUCGAAGAUACCGCAGGACAAGAUUGUGCUGUUGCAGAUCGAGCCAUUUGGUGUGAAAGAAGAUCUGUGGACGGAUCCUCUUGGUCCGAUAUUCACCUACGAAGUCAGGGUUGGGGCAGGUAUCUUUGGAGGGAGGAAAGAGGCGAUCAAAGAGUGGAGCGACAUCUUUUAUGAGACUUUGGAAAUUUACAUACUACGAGGGCGAUUUGCUGGGAAGGAACAGAACAUGUUUGCAACAGUUUGUCUCUUCAAUCCUGACAUCUGUAAUCUUGUCUCGCCUCCGCCUACUCAUCAUGAUCGUUGGAUGUAUCUGAAGGAGUACCUGAGAGACUGA